AUGGAGAUUGAGUGGCCUUGGGGCCGGCAGCAGCCUCUGGUGGUAGCCUCGUCCAGCAUCCUUGAGGCCCAGCUGGAGGACCUCAUCUCCCAGCACCUGAGCCGCGUCAUGGAGCGCAGCCGCCCCGCCGUGCACACCAUCACCUCCACGCCCCUGCGCUCCGAGGGCCGCCCCGCCCCCUCAUCACAGGAUUCCCAGGAGGAGCCAAGUCUGGGCAUGCUGGCCGACCUCACCUCCUCCUCCGAGGGCUCCAUUGAUCCCAGCGGCACCUCGGCCAUGGCCGUGAUGGUGUCCACCGACGCUGUGCACCGCCGCAUACCCAACAUGCCGCCCGUCAAGGUGCUGCCGCCGCGCACCUCCCGCAGCAACAGCCGCGACAGCAGCAUCAACAGCAGCUCCGCCCCCAGCGAGGUUAACAGCCCCUCCAGCCGCAGGAAGAAACCCGGGAAGCUCCAGAGGAAAUACCGCAGCACUGAGAGCCCCCCCAGAAGCCCCCCACCCAGCCCCUCGGCCAGCACGCAGUCCAUGGGCAGCUUCCUAGCCUGGGCGCGGAACGUCCUGGACUACUUGGCAAACUUCGCCACCCCCAGACCCCCCAGAGGUGCCGAGGGAGGGUACAGCAACGCCCAGAUGUGAGACUCAGCAGGGACCCCAGACCAGCCUCACAGUCCUAGGGUGCGGCAAGAAGCUCUCCACAGGCAGCACCUCGCCACCUCAGCCACGCCACGGCCAACACGCUCACCUCAAUCUAGCACUAAGGUCGCACGGCUAUGUAUGUGUGUGUGUGUGUGUGUGUGUGUGUGUAUGUAUGUGUUGAAGCGGGCGUACAUGUGUGUGUUCUUCAGGGUCUUGCUUGCUCAUGUUAGGUUAGGGUUGUGUGUGUGUGUGUGUGUGUGUGUGUGUGUGUGUUGGUUUGUAUGUAAGCAGUGUUGUUUACGCGCACAGCCUUGUAUGUGUGUGUGUGUGUGUGUGUGUGUUGAUAGCAUACAUACACAAUUGUCAAGGUCUGUUUGUGAGUUCAUACGUUCCGUUUUUCCUGUUAAUUAAGUUUUUUCAGAAGGAGAUUAGCAAGACACCUCUCAUACACACACACACACAGACACACCACAUAUUCAAAAACCAUAUAUAACUUGAGUGCCGAUAUGCGUAAACACUAACAACAGACAGAUUAUAAGAGGUUGCGUUCACUUUUUAUAACCCGGUGUGAGAUUAGUUUGACCCGUGUUGCAAGCUCACCCUUCCUUGGCAAUAUUCCCUCCCCACCCGACCCACCCCCCUUUUUUUUUAGGUUACGGCUUCGAGAACAGAACGCCCCAAUAAUCAUCAUCAUCAUCAUCCCUUUUUUAGUGAAGGCGGCAGCUCAAGGGAAGAAAUAAUAAGGAAUACACAAGGAAAUACUCUGUUGAUUUUAGUGGAGAAACUGUGUUUUUGAGGCGUUGAAGGACACCAGGUUCUUCUUGCCCCAAUCGGAAAUAAUAGUAAGGUCUGAGGCUAAGCGUUCUGCAGCCUCCAGCCUUGAGUCGUUAAGUUCCUGAAGGGUGGGUCUUCUAUUAAAAGAAGUUGAAUAAUGCAGAGUGGAAUCAUCGGCGUAGGAAUGGAUAGGACAGUUCGUUUUGGAAAGAAGAUCAUCAAUGAACAACAGAAAAAGAGUGGGAGAUAGGACAGAACCCUGUGGGACACCACUGUUAAUAGAUUUAGGGGAAGAACAGUGACCGUCUGAUCGCAUGCUGGACUUGUGAUCGCCAGCUUGUGUUUGUGUGUGUGUGUGUGUGUGUGUGUGUGCUUCGUCCUGGUCUGAUCGCAUGCUAGACUUGUGAUCGCCAGCUUGUGUGUGUGUGUAUGUGUGUGUGUGUGUGUGUGUGUGUGUGUGUGUGUGUGUGUGUGUGUGUGUGUGUGUGUGUGCUUCGUCCUGGUCUGAUCGCAUGCUAGACUUGUGAUCGCCAGCUUGUGUGUGUGUGUGUGUGUGUGUGUGUGUGUGUGUGUGUGUGUGUGUGUGUGUGUGUGUGUGUGUGUGUGUGUGUGUGUGUCCUCAGAAUCACAACACAGGGAGUUUAAGCACUUGUUGUUGUUGUUGUUGUUGUGGAUAAAGUAAAUAAUAAUGAAAAUCUGU